CUAUGCACUUGCUUUGUGUACAGAUGUGACGGCGAGGUAAGGGCAACCUAACACACAUGAGCAUUAAUAGCCAUGUUUACCUGUACUUGUACUUGACUGCCAAAAAUGCUGUCGAGGCAUCUGUACAUCUUCUUUGUCGAAUUGCAUUAUUAAAGUACAUCAAGAUGAGACAUCAUAUACAUUCAUAUAUAUUUGCUGAGCACGAAACCUUGAAGUGUAGCCAGGACAUUUCCAAGAAACUAUGGGCGGCCAUGUAGCUUCAAUAUCUUAUAAAUUAUAUCACUGAACAUAGGUCAUAGAUGUAUUCAGUAAACAAAGAUCUGAAGCGCUGUAUUUCCUUCAUCGAACACACUAUGCGUUCAUCACAGUUUGUGGCAGAUUACGGAUACGAACGAACUAGCACUUGUUUGGCAGGAACUGGACAGCAUGCUGCGCAAAGAGCUACUGUGCAUCAACUGUGCAACAUAAUGGAAAACAUUCAAAAGUGCCUGGACAUGGAUCAGCAGGACCCUCCAAUUCCUGAAUGGUUCCGAGCAAUGGCUCAUGACCAACAACAACGGAUCGUGACUGACAAGUUCAUUGGGAGGAUUGCAAAACAUAUCGGGGCAGAUUGGGAACUGAUAGCAGCAGAAAUGGACAUCUCUAGGCCCAAGCGAGAAGCUAUUGUAGCCAAACACCCAAGAUCCAUCCAGCUACAAGUUGCUGGAGCAUUCACCACAUGGAAACAGAAGAACUCACGUCAAGCUACAAUUGCAACAUUAAUUCAAAUCUUGUGGCAGUGCAAUGAGCGGUGCACCAUCGACUGGGACGAUAUCGAGGAGGUGGUGAUGGGGGAUUGGUGAUGGUGAUUGGUGAUGGGGGAUUGAUGACUGUCUCUAUGACAAUGAAGACUGUAAGGACAUAAAACAUUUUAUGGAUAACAAGUUAAGGAUACCACAGGGCUACUUCUUGUCUCUUUACAUUCAACUGAUGUAGGUGCAAAAUAUAGUCGUUAUGAAGAAGUUGUCAUAAAUGUUAUAAAGAGGUUGUCGUAAAAGUGUUUUCUUACUUCUUCUUGUAACCAACCAAAAGACUAUGAAGCCAAUGUUUAAUAAUAAUUUGUGCACUAUAUGUGCAAUUGAUCUGUAAAUGACGAGCGUAUAUAUCGAGCUAUCCGUUGUUGGGGUAUGAAUGGUACCUUCAUAUUAAACAAUUUUAUAUCUGUG